GGGGGUAAGCGGGGGAGGGGAAGAGAAGGCUUUUACACUCGACGGAAAGUAUGUCAUCCGUUCUUGUUGUUGUUGGGAUUUUUAUUUGCUUCUUGUUUUUCCUUCUUCCGAUCCCCCAAUUAAAAACACUUCCGGCGCACAGCCCAAGGCAGAAGCCAUGGCAUCGUUCCGCCGCUCUCCAUGCCGCCGGAGCUCUGCGAUCGCCCACAUUCCCCAACCCUCCUCCUGCGCUCCCAGGAAGUGAGAAGCAAGGGACGUUGAAGGAGGAGAAGAAUUUGCGAUGUCUUUUGACGGGGAGGAGUCGCGAUGGAUGUGUGGGAGGUCGGGCGUGGUGAAUCUGCACCGGUUCAGCUCUAUAGUCAGAGAGAUUCGAGACCCAUGUCUUCAUCAAUCGCCUGCUACCAAGGGAAGCAAAAUGCUGAAGCCAGAAAAGUGGCAAACAAUUUUUGACAGCGACGGGAAGCUUAUAGGUUUUCGAAAAGUGCUUAAAUUAAUUGUAUUAGGGGGUGUGGAUCCUUCUAUACGGGCAGAAGUUUGGGAAUUUCUUCUUGGCUGUUACGCUUUAAGCAGCACUGCUGAGUAUCGGAAGCAACUGAGGAUGGCUCGAAGGGAGCGGUAUGACAGUUUAAUUAAGCAAUGCCAGAUGAUGCACUCAAGUGUUGGUACUGGCUCUCUUGCCUAUGUUGUUGGGUCCAAAGUGAUGGAUAUUAGGACUCUGUCAAGAGAAAAUGACAUUAGGGAAGCUGUAACUGAAAAUGGGCGAGCUUCUUGUGAUGACACUAACAAGUUAGAGACAUAUUCUGAUUUAAAUAAUGGCUGUACAGACACAUCAUCUGCACAUGAAAGGAAGAACUCUAGUAAAUCUGCUGAGCUAGUCAGUUGCAGGAUGAACACAGAUGAUUCAGCCUAUGACUCUUCAUAUAUUUUGCCCUCUUCCGAGGCAUAUAAUUGUUAUCCAAGAAAUUUUGAUAGUGAUUUCCAUGAACCUCAGUAUGACACACACAACUUUCUUGAUUUUCCUCCUCUUCCUAUGAUAAACUUAUUCCAGAAAGGUGAUGGGAAUGAAAAUCAAACUCAGGAGCAUGAGCAUGCAUUGAGAUUUGGGGAGGAGCACAUGCAUAGCUUCCAAAUUAAUAAUAAUGUGGAUCUAAUUAUGGAACCAAAUUCUCCUCUGAGUGGUCCAUUACAUUCAAGCAACAGUGCAACUGAUAUUUUUAGAUCAGAUGCUCCGAAUCAUGUCAAAGGGUCGAAGGAAAUUGAUUGUAGUAUAGAAAUUGUAAACAGAUCAACAAUUGCAGAUGCCCCAAAAGCAGCUACAGUGGAUCGGACCACUUCCAAUGGAUUAUCUGCAAAUGAAGACAGAGUUUCCGAAUGGCUUUGGACACUUCAUCGAAUUGUCAUUGAUGUGGUAAGAACUGAUAGUCAUCUUGAAUUUUUUGGAGACCCAAAAAAUAUGGCCAGAAUGUCAGAUAUCCUCGCUGUUUAUGCAUGGAUUGAUCCUGCUACUGGAUAUUGCCAAGGUAUGAGUGAUUUGCUUUCUCCCUUUAUUGUGCUAUACGAGGAUAAUGCAGAUGCCUUUUGGUGCUUUGAGAUGCUUCUACGACGAAUGCGUGAAAAUUUUGAGAUAGAAGGGCCAACUGGUGUCAUGAAGCAGUUGCAAGCAUUAUGGAAGAUCUUGGAAUUAACAGAUACUGAAAUUUCUCAACAUCUAUCGCUUAUUGGUGCUGAAAGUCUUCAUUUUGCCUUUCGAAUGCUACUGGUGCUUUUUCGUCGGGAACUUUCCUUUGAUGAGGCUUUCCGCAUGUGGGAGAUGAUCUGGGCUGCUGAUUUUGAUGAAGCUCUAACUCAGCAAUUAGAGGAAAAUUGCCUUGAUCCAUUGGUUUUAAAUCUUCGAGACAAUUCACAGGUGGAAAUUAAGGCAGAACACCUGGAGAAUGGUAAAAGAAAAUUUAAAAGCAUGCAGCAUUGGCGCAGAAAUGGUAAAGCAUGUGCACCCUAUAGCAUUGGGGUGAGGUCCAUUUCAGGUCAUCCCCUUUGUGGCCUGACAAAGGCUAAUUUCUGGUCAAGACAUGAUCAGCUGCAGGUUCGCAAUACCACUGCAUCAACAAGAAACGAGGAUGAUGGAUUGCCUGUUUUCUGUGUAGCAGCAAUCCUCGUCAUCAACCGCCAAAAGAUUAUGAGAGAAACUCAUUCAAUUGAUGAUAUGAUUAAGAUGUUCAAUGAUAAUAUGCUCAAAAUCAAUGUCAAAAGAUGCAUACAUAUGGCUAUCAAACUAAGGAAGAAGUACUGUUACAAGUUAAUGGAGCAACCAAGCACUGCUCACAUGCUCUCUUCGGGAAAGCUUUGACCUUUAUGGAACCAUUGCGGCCAUUUCAGAACUCCAGUUAUAUAUUCGUUCCUUUUGUUAAUACAACACCUCUGCAAGGCAAUCUGUGCAGAAUCUUCAGAUAUUACCAUAUUACUUCAAAGCACUCAAAGACUGAAAAGUGGAAUCAGCUAUUCUUUUAGCUAAUUUGGAACCUUGCUAGAGCUUCAUUUUGUUGCUGCUGCCAUGCUGAGGCUCCUCAGACAACUUGUGAAAGUAAAAAUGACGGCCAUAUUUUCCUCAGUUUAGUCUCAACAUGCUGUUAUCAGAUGAAGGUAAUUGGAAGGCUACUAGGAGGAUGGAGUAUCAAACUUGUACAUAACUGAAAUUUCUUUGAAAUAAAUCCAAUUUUUUAAAA